GCCUUUAGUUGCCGUUACCUAAAGGAAGGUCCCAGGUAAAUUUCGUGGCCAUUGUCAGCCAGCCAGCCUGGCCAUAUCAUAGACAAUCAAGAUCCCGAUAUUGGAUAUAUCGCCCGGAGCAGAAAAGCUCAUUGGCGCUCGCGGCAUCGACAUCAGCCCCAAGCCUGACGGUAAACUCGUGCCGGCGCAUUUUGGUGCCUGCUUCCGGCGGAUUCGUCCAACAGGCGCAAUGGCGUUGGAGCAGUUAGAGAUUCAUAGCAAGUCAUACAUCGUACGUUGGGUCAAGGUCGAAGAAGGACAUACAAUAUCCUGGAGUAUCCAGCCGCAUAAGAAAUCACUGAACUUCGGUAUCGUCAAGCAUCCUGGGACAGGUAAUGCCGCAAACGCGCAGCAUGUGGUUGUUGAGGACACUCUGCUACAACCUGAGACGGCUCCCGAGAAGCAACGACGCCCUUCAACCGCGAAGAACGAUGCCUCUACAGCCCAAAUCCAGUUAAAAGCAAAAGGCUUUAUCCCGAUACAAUGGUAUGGCAAAUGCGAAGCGGACAAGGUGUCCCGGGGUACAUAUUCAGUUGCAAAAGGACAUGGUGGAAUGUACGGCCUGGUGCUCGACAACACAUUCUCAAUGGCAUUUUCCAAAACAGCGACUUUUGUCCUUCUCACCUACCCUUCCAACUCGCCCCCGCAGUCCGCUCUUCAUCUACACGCUGGUCAAGGUGGACUGACAGGUCCAAGUGCCACAAGUCUUGGCAAGAACCAGAGCCCACGGUUGGGUGCUACAUCUUCGGAAUCUGUGGAUAGCAUUCCGAGUCAUUACGCAAACAGUGGUAAUAAAGGCAGUCAUGCGAGGGGUCCAUCUGAUAGCCAGAAUACAGUUGCGACGCAUCAUGUUGGAGUUCUGCAAAAACGGCGAAGGAAGCGUGGGCAAGGCUACGCGCGACGAUUCUUCUCCUUGGAUUUCGCAUCCUGCACCCUAUCGUACUAUCAUAAUCGCAAUUCAUCUGCGCUAAGGGGUGCAAUCCCUCUAGGCUUGGCUGCCAUUGCUGCUGAUGAAAGGAUGAGGGAAAUCAACAUUGAUUCAGGCGCAGAAGUGUGGCAUCUGAAGACCUCGAGUGCAAAGGAUUUCGAAGAAUGGACUAGGGCUCUCGAGAGAGCCAGCGCUAUUGCCCGCGGUGUUGAAAUUGAUGACGCUCCAUCGCCAGAGCGAGUGCAGAGUAGAACGAGUGGGCUUCAAAUCACAGCAUCUCACGAGGAUCAGGAAUGGGAGCAGGCUGAAGCUAUUUUAAGUAGAAUCGCCGGUACUCGAGAUGCCAUGCGCAGGCUAUAUAACGACAUGGCUCCCGAGGCCAAGAAGAAUUCUAAUCCUGGCCUUGGGCUCCCUACGAAUAGCAGCCCGAUGCUGGAUGACAACAACGACCUGCUUGGAGCUCCAUCUGAGAAGAAAUCGUUUUGGAAGCGGAGAUCUGGCCUCCCACCAACAGCUCAGUCUCAGCUCGUCGGGCGAAGCAUCCCAUCCCAACUAGCCGUGCCCGCCCCGACAACUGUCACGACCAUCACCGCCAAUGGUUCAGUAACACCCUCUUUUCGAAAGUCGAAAAAUCAAGAAGAAAUCGGUGUGCAUGAUCAUGUUGCAGCACUGCUCGCUGAAUUGGACACGGUUGUUCUCGACUUCUCGACUCUUCUAGCAAGCAGCAAACGUCGUCGAGCCCCCGCCCAAAUCUUCCCCUCCAGAAAUAGCAUGGAUUCGACUUCGACGGGUGAAUUCUAUGAUGCGGAGGGGGGAGAUCCGGAUCGUCCACAAGUGUUAAUGAUUGGCCGCCAGAGUGAAGAAGAUACCCCUCCCUCAGAUGAUGACUUCGUAUCGGAUGCUUCAUCUGUUUCUUCUGUAGAUGAAGACGAUGUCUCUCCUAAUAUUGGACAUGCCGCAUCGCUCUUUCCCCAGAAGCCAAAGAACCUCGACCCUCUCCCUGUUUCUAAAGUUCUCAAGCGACGAAAAGUCAUCCCUCCCGCAAAAGUAAUGCCACCCAGUCUGGUUGCCACACUGCGCAAAAAUGUGGGCAAAGAUCUCAGCACAAUCAGCAUGCCUGUCAGCGCCAAUGAACCGAUAUCACUUCUACAACGCGUGGCCGAACAACUAGAAUACGCGCAAAUCCUUGAUGCAGCCGUCGCUCAGAAAAUACCCGCCCAACGCCUGUUGCAUGUCGCUGCUUUCGCCAUCUCACAAUUAAGUAGCAAUCGAUGCAAAGAACGCGCCAUUCGUAAACCUUUCAAUCCUAUGCUAGGAGAGACGUUUGAGCUAGUGAGGACUGAGAAGGAGGUUCCUGGCGGCUUCAGAUUGCUCGUGGAGAAGGUCUCGCAUCGCCCAGUACGUACGGCUUGUCAGGCCGAAUCAGCCAACUGGUCGUUCGGCCAGUCCUCCGCACCAACUCAGAAGUUCUGGGGUAAGAGCGCGGAGCUCAUUACAGAAGGUCGGAUUAGGAUAGUUCUGCGGUUACCAGAUGGGACAGAAGAGCUCUACAGCUGGAGUGUCGCUACGGUAUUUUUGCGGAAUGUGGUAAUGGGCGAGAAGUACGUAGAGCCGGUAGGAACCAUGACUGUGGCCAACGACAGCACAGGCGCCAAAGCCACCAUUGAAUUUAAGGCAAAAGGCAUGUUCGGUGGCCGCAGCGAGGACGUACAAGUCGAAUCAUAUGGACCCGAUGGUGCCAGUACUGGUUUUAGCCUCGUAGGGACUUGGACUACCAGUCUCCAGCUUCUGGAAAACGGGAAACCUGUUAGAGAGAUUUGGCACGUGGGAGAUCUGGUGGACAACGCGCCUCAAACAUAUGGGCUUACGACGUUCGCGGCCAGCCUGAACGAGAUCACAGAGAUAGAGAAAGGCAAACUACCGGCGACGGACAGUCGGUUGAGGCCUGAUCAGAGAGCUGCGGAGAGGGGAGAUCUCGACGAAGCGGAAGAGUGGAAGAGGAGAUUAGAAGAGAGGCAGAGAGCCAAGAGGAAGGAGGUCGAGGAGCGUGGGGAGGUACACAAACCCCGGUGGUUUGUAAAGGUUGAUGGUGGAGACGAGGGCGAAGAGGUAUGGAAGCUGAAGACUGGAAAGGAGGGCUAUUGGGAGGAGAGGAGCCGAGGGGCCUUCACAGGUGUGGAAGACAUUUUUGCUGCAUGACCGAUGGACGGGAUGGCGGAUACGGUGAUGAUGACGACCGGUAAUGACGGUGGCGUUGGGGUUUCAGCGUCUCUAUACUUCCCUAUUUCAAAGAGUCAGCGGAUGCAUAGCGUUCUGUAGUUCUGUAGAAAUAGAAGAUGGCGGAAAAUAGAAGGCUACAAUUUAGACUUCAGAAUUUAAAAAAAAAGAGAAGAAUAGGAUUCAAUCUCUGCUCCAAAG